UUGAAUUAGAAAGUGCUUUAGCUUAGUUAAGAGAGCCAGAUGUAACAUAAUGACCUUAAAUGGUAAAAGCUCCCAGAGUGAGCAGAAAGGAGAGAGAGAGAGAGAGGGAAGCUUUCCUGAAGGGGGAAAACAAGAGGAAUAGCUUAGUUUUAGAUGCACUGAAUUUAGAACAUAUUUCAGCUCAAAAGAGAUGCUGUCGCACAUUUCCUAAUCUGUUCUUCCUGGGCCAGAGACAGGGAUCCAAAGAAAAUCUCUUAAACAAGGAGAGGCAUGCCUAUAAACCAGAACAUGGGCAAAACACUGAAAGAACACUUGAGGUCAAUAGUCAGGCCAGCACUGAAGAUGGAGUGAAGCACCUUCAUUCUAAGUCUUUGCCAAGGUAUUCAGCUGUGACUCAGAGGCCUUGGGAUCACAAGGCCCCACAGUGCUUAUCUUCAGAGGUUAACUUGAAACAGACAUUCCCAUCAGUGCAUGGUCUUUUUAGUCCACAUUGCAAUCCAACGUGUCCCUCACCUCCCAUCAUGCCAACCCUACCUGAAGAGGAGGGACAGCCAACUGAGACACAGCACUCCAUUUUGCCCUCUCCAAUCAAAGAGUCCCCUGUUGAAACAGCAGCAUGCAAUGCACCUUCUAUAAUUCUUCCAGAAAACACAGUUACACCAGAUACAGAAAGGGAGAAAAAUCUGGCUUUCAGACCCAUUAGUCCUCAUAAGCGGCAUUCUAACAGAAAUGCUAGGACAUCAGCUAGCUUACUGACUUCCAUGGAUAACACAGGCCAUGUAAUUGACCUGGUAAAUGACCAGCUGACAGAGGUUAAAAUAUCUGAUGAAGAUAAAAAGAAGAAUCUUCAAUUGUUAGAAGAAGCAAAGAGGGUGAGUGAGAGGUUCCUCACACGUAGAGGAAGAAAAUCCAGAAGCAGCCUUUCAGAGUCUCCCGCAGCACUUAGUCCGAGUGUUUCACCCGCCCCAUCCCGGAGCAACUCUUUCACUCUUCCAAGUCCAGCAGGUUCCGAUAUAUGUGCAUCCACUAUUGGUUUAGUGCCUCCACUGCAGAAUGCUACAAAAGGAUUAACUGAUCGAAACAAGAAUGAUGAAAGAAAAAUUUCUCAGGGAAGACUGGUUCCUCACACAACUGCUUUGGAAAAUCCAAAGGAGAAGCUGACUGAACAAAAGGAGAACUUUGAUCCACAUAAGCCUAUGAAUAAUCUAUCCAGAUCCUGCACUUCAGGUUAUGACACUGGCAGAGUAUCUCUAAAUAGCAGCACAAACAUCUGUGAAAAUGAACUUCUAAAACUGUUCCCUAAAAAAGGCAAAGAAAAUGACUCCCCUUUCCAAGGACCAGGGAUAGUUACCAUGGACCCAAAGUUAAAGGGAUCAGUAGCACCAUUAUUGAAGGAUUCAAAGGUUUCUUGUAAAACAGAACUCAAUUCACCUGGUUCCCACCCUCCUUUACUACGAGCUGUGUCAUGGGAUCAUGCAGAACCUGGUAAUAUAGAAAAGGUACCUUUUAAACGCUCCUCUGAAGACAGUAGACAUUUUGCCAUUAAUAAUAAACCCAGCGACAUAUCGGCUAAAUCUUCAGCCUUCAAAGACCUCCAAAUACAAGUUCAACCAGUACGAAUGCAGAAAUUGACAAAGCUCAGAGAGGAGCACAUAUUGAUGCGGAAUCAAAAUUUAGUUGGACUUAAACUCCCUGAGCUCAGUGAAGCUGCUGAACAGGAAAGAGGGUCUUCACCAAUCCCUUUCUUGGAAGAGGAGGAAGCAAAGAGUAGGUGUGAUGUCAUGCCCCACAUUCCUGAUUCUCUUUUACGAAAACUCCGUGUCCACACAUCUCUUCCAGGAAGCUCUCCUCCACUAACUGAGAGAGAGGUUGAGAACGUAUUUGUACAACUUUCAUUGGCUUUCAGAAAUGAUAGUUAUACUUUGGAAUCAAGAAUUAACCAGGCUGAGAGGGAGAGGAAUCUUGCUGAGGAGAACACAGAGAAAGAACUGGACAAUUUUAAAGUUGCAAUUACGUCUUCAGCUUCCUUAUGGCAUCACUCUGAGCAUAGAGACAUGUACCAGAGGUUGUUGGAGGACAUUGCUGUGCUGCAUCGUUUAGCCUCUAGAUUAUCCAGUCGAGCUGAAACGGUUGGAGCUGUUCGCCAAGAGAAACGCAUGUCAAAGGCUACUGAAGUUAUGAUGCAGUAUGUAGAGAACUUGAAGAGAACAUAUGAAAAGGAUCAUGCUGAGCUCAUGGAAUAUAAGAAACUUGCCAAUCAAAAUUCUAGCAGAAGUUAUGCCUCACCUGAAGAUGGUGUGCCCCGUACAUCUAGAUCCAUGUCUCUUUCUGUUGGAAAGAUGCCUCGAAGACGAGUUAGUGUUGCUGUUGUUUCAAAAUUUGAGCUCCCAGGCCAGUCACCUACUGCAUUGCCCAUCCCUUUGAUGCCAUCCCUGUCUGAGUCAUCAAAUGGAAGAAGCAAUCUGACAUCAACUCCCAUCUUAUCAGCGCUUAUAGAGAAUGGAAAAUCAAAUGGAGACACUGGUUGUGAACCUCCUCCUUCAGCACCAAUACAGAAUGCCUUGGAAGAGAUCAACUCAGAAACAAAAGCCAAAAUAGAAGAGGAGGCUUAUAACAAAGGUUAUCAGGAAGGCUUAAAGAAAACCAAAGAACUUGAAGAACUGAAAGAUGAUGAUGAAGAGAAAAUAGAUGAAAGCCCCAAUGAAUGUGUAGCAGGUGAAAGUGAUGAUCAAGUCAGUAUGCAACACAGCAAACUUGAAGUUGUUAUUCACUGUGUACAAAUACUGUACCCCAAACUGCAUAAACACUGGAACGUGCUCUGGAUUGUAGCAGCUGUUAUUGUCAUUUUUGCUGUGGUGCUGGGAAUCUCCAGUUUAUACAACUACUUUUCCUCCUGUACUGAGUUAUCGGAUGGGCCACAAGUGAAAGCUACCUGUUCUGCUGUCCAGCAAUACUCCUGGUGGAACUCAGGACUGCAACAUAACCAGCGCACAGAAUAACGAAAACAUUAAUGGGGAAAAAAGCUACUUACAAUACACCAGUAAGCACCUGUUUUAAAACUGAAGUGCACAAAGCAAAGCAGUGUUGUUGUUGUUUUUAUGGACUGCCUUCAAGUCGAUCCGGAGUUAUGGUGACCCUAUGAAUAGGGUUUUCAUGGUAAACAGUAUUCAGAGGUGGAUUACCAUUGCCUUCCUCUGAGGCUGAGAGGCAGUGACUGGCCCAAGGUCACCCAGUGAGCUUUAUGGCUGUGUGGAGAUUUGAACCCUGGUCUCCCAGGUUGUAGUCCGACACUACUGCUUAAUUUCUUCUUUGCCAUCAGACUUGUGAAUGCAGUGUGAUUUUUAACUAGUCAAAUGCACCAGCCAAUAAAUGCUAUUUUCUCUUUUAUGCUAAUUGUUAUUUGAUUGAUGUGCCUGAAUAUCACUACAUAAGAAUAUAAUGAUAGUGUUUGACCAAAAACUGGGCACUGACAUCUGGAAGGUCAUAGAUGGUACACUAAUUCCAGUGCUUCUUAAGAAUGCCACCCAUGGCCUUCUUGCUAUACAAAUGUCAGCAAUUAUUUCUUCUAUAAAUUUCAGUUUGGGGCUUUUCAAUAUUUUUGAGCCUCUAGAGUUAUAAUAGAUUAGAGAUUUGUACUUGAUUUCACACUUAUAAGGAGUGGGCAAAAGAUAAAACUGAGAAAUACCAGCCUAGCUACAGGCUGGUUCCAAAUGUAUCAGAACAGAUCCUAAUUAUGAGUGGAAGCACAAACAUUUGCCACUUCUGCCACACAUACAACAUAACAUGUAACACAGUCUGGAUGCACAUGCUUUUUGUUCAUCUGUUUUUGAAUGGGGAGAUUUCACCAGUAUCGUGUGCACAUAGUACAUUCUGUGCAUGGUGGGGUGAAUGGGGGUGCCCAAGUAGUCACAUACAGUGUAUUGUGUGGAGAGAGGGUAUGUUCCAGCAGGUGUGAAAUGGCUCUGUAGGUCCACAGAGUGUGUUGCCCAUAUCAUGGUUGGUGGUAAUCCACUGUAAACUCAGUAACUUUAACAAUCAAAAUUUCCUUCAAAUAUGUUACAUAAGUGUGAGGCUAGAUAUUAGAGGGGGAAACAUGGAGUUCCAGCCCCAUAUUUCCAGUGAAAUGCUGAUAAGAGGUCAGGAUAUAUUUGCAGAGGAAAUCUGGGGGAUGAGAUGACAAGCUCAACCUUUCCUUCCUCUGCUGGUCUUCAUGCCCCCCUCCCCGGGAAAAACAAACUAGGCCAUUUUUUGUUUUAAGAAAGCUCCAGAAACCCAAAACAUGCCCUUCUGGGAGAAAAUAGCCUUGAGGGGUAGUACUUGCCAGGGGAAAAAUUGAUGUAGAGGACGGACAGACAGAUGGACGGACACACACACACACACACCUUUAUCUUGGAAAAGUUCUUUACUAAGAUCGGUGUCACAAAUCAGAGGAGGAGGAAGAGAAGCAGCAUUCCCCAUAGAGAAUUAGAGCUUAUUAUUAAAUCUGAAUCUAUGGAACUAAUAAAAGCCUCUGAGUGUAUUGGAAGAAGAUUCUUUGUGACUGAACCAAGGAUAGGGUGACUACCUCCUGGCAAUUGUAGAUUGUUUGACACAAUACAAGUUAUAAAAAACAAACUACAAACUUAAGCCCACAUGUGUCCAAGUGACUCCUAUAGCAAUCAGUAAGACUUGCUUCCAAACAAACCUUCAUAAGGGAUCAGGGUGAAAGGGCUGCUGGGAGUUCUGACAUUUCUGUUGAGGAGAAUUUUGAGGUUCCUUUCAUCCAAUAGAAUGUAUAAACAACGCAAGGUGUAGUUUUACCAUUCAUGAAUCUCUCUACUGGAUAAAGCAUCCUGCAUGGUAUUUGCAAUCACACUGUAUUAGCCUUUUGCACAAGUUUAUCUAACAUUCGUUUGUGUUUGAAAAUGAUAAUUUAUCCUAUAUUGGAAUUACAGGCAUGUAAGGCAAAUCUAAUUUGAUUCAUAGAGGAUAUUUGUAGCCUCCCAUAGCUGGGCAUGAGUUUAAAAUGUAGUUGGACACUUACUGUAGGAACUUUUUCUUGCAGUUCAUAUGUGAGUAGACAAGGAACUUGUUUUGUCUUGUGCAUUGAGAAGGAAAAUGAGGUAGAGCCCAGUAUAAAAUUCUGAGAUCAGUUAGAUACCUGAUAAUUUAUCUUUCAGUUUAAUGAGCAUUGAGAGUCUCAGGAAACAUGUGUGGUAUGAUUUUAAUUUCGACUCAAGCAGCUGUUUGAAACUUGGUGUGUAUUUUCAGAAAUGUCUCUAAAUGGAUCUAGAAAAGUAAAAUAGUGUGAUUAAGCAUGUUUAAUAAGGCUAAUGAGAAUGUGUGUCAUUUACUCUGAAACUGGAAGAAGGGGAUUAAAGGGGGUCAAGAAUCAAAUUAAGGUAUUUAUCCUGGCUUUUGAAUUAUAUGACUUGUCUGACAGGGAGUAGAUAUAAUGAUGUUUUUCAUUCUAGUGAAAUAUAGAUGAGGCACACCUAGGACUACAAAUAACCAGGAAAUCAGGAAUAACAACGUUAUUGGAAAAACUCAAAGCAGAAAGCUACUGUUUUAUGUAAACUGCUUAGAGGUUUAUUUUUUAUUCAGCCAUCUAUACAUUUUGUUCAAUUAAAUAAAAUUGACUACUCCUAGACAGUGGAAUAUUGCUUGUAAGGUGAUUAGCUAACUCUACAAAAUAAAACACUGAUAUUAAUAGUUACUGUAAACCGCCCAGAGAGCUUCAGCUAUGGGGCGGUAUACAACUAUAAUAAAAUAAAUAAAUAAAUAAAUAAUAGUUCCUUCAGCUAUGACAAGAUCAUCCUCUACUCAUAAAUGGUAGGUGCACGUGUAAUGUUCCUGAUCCAUGGCUACGGGGGUCAGUUGCAAGUUCAUGUGCUCUAUUUGGAGGGUGAAUUCUCUAGCCGUUUUCCUCCUGGCUUUACGUCAAACACUGAACUAAUCACUGUCUGCUGUUAACCAGAGUUUUAAAACCAGCUUCAAAGAGCACCUGGAGUUUCAGCUUUCUUGUUUACAGGAUUUUAGGCCAACCAUAAUUAAAGUGUUAAAUAAGUAUUAGCUCAUUAGAUUACAAAUUGGUGGCCAUAUUUUUUGAGACAAAGAAGAGAUUAUACAGCCUUUAGUGUCUCUUUACAAAACAGAAAGGUUACAUUCCUUCAGAUUCACAAGGCUCAUAUGUCUAUAAAGAGUAAGUCAGCAACCUUAUGCCAUUUGUACCAAAAUACAUUUCUGUUUUGGGGUUUGUUUGUUUUUUGGAAGUGCAAUAUUUUAUUUAUUUGGCUUUAACAAGACACAUGCUUAUCUUGUGCACAGCACUGAUGUUUUGAAAUAGGAGGAACUCAAGAGGCACUAUCUUUUGUGUAUCCCAUUUUAAAUUUUGUAAGACUGCACAGGUGUGCUAAUAUUGUACUGUAUAGCAUCACAUACUUGAGAUUUGGAAAUAAAAAUAUUGUUUCAGAGUCCUCUGUGUUAUUCGUGUCA